AUGUAUCAAUCGUGGCAGCCCCCAAGAGACUACCGCCAGCGUCCCGUCGCCAUUCUCGGCGCGGGUGUGCUUGGCCGCCGUAUUGGUAUGGAUCCAAGACGCCGAGUCUCACGAAGUCAAGCUAACGAUACCCUUGCAGCAUGUAUCUGGGCCUCAGCAGGUUACAAUGUCCAAGUCCGCGAUCCUAGCCCCCAGCAGCGCGCAGACUGCCUGACCUACGUCGACGCGAACGUCAUCUCAUACGCACAAAAGACCGGCCAGCAGCCCGGCACCGUGCAGACAUUCGAGAACCUAAAGGCCGCCGUGGACAACGCAUGGCUGGUCAUCGAGGCCGUCCCCGAGAAGCUCCAGAUCAAGAUCGACGCCUUCGCUGAGCUGGACGCCCUCGCGCCAUCCGACUGCAUCCUCGCCUCGAACUCGUCCUCGUACAAAUCCUCCGAGAUGCUCGAGAAGGUGGCCCCUGCGACGCGGCCCCGCAUCCUGAAUAUGCACUACUACAUGCCGCCCGUGUGCAUGAUCGUCGAGCUCAUGACCGACGGCUUCACCGAGCCUGCCAUCUUCCCGUUCCUGGCAGAGCGGUGCCGCGAGGGCGCGACCAACCCGUAUGUGGCCCGCAAGGAGUCGACGGGCUUCAUCUUCAACCGGCUCUGGGCGGCUGUCAAGCGCGAGGUGCUCACCAUCCUGGCCGAGGAGGUGUCUGUCCCUGAGGAGAUCGACUCGAUGUGGCAGGAGAUGUUCGUCAAGGGCGGGGCGCUGCCCUGCAGGACGAUGGACAACGUCGGUCUGGACACCGUUGCUUUCAUCGAGAACCACUACAUCGCCGAGCGCGGCCUGUCUUCAGAGAAAACCGUCGACUUUCUGAAACAGAACUACCUCGCCCCGGGGAAGCUAGGCAACAAGUGUGCCCAUGGCGGCCUCUACCCCCCGCCAACCGCUACGCCCGCCGCUGCGGCCGCCCAACAGCCCAAAAUCAUCGUCCUUGACAUCGGUCUCUCCACUGACCCGCCCAGCUUUCACGCGGGCCAGAUCCUCGAGCUCUCCGCCGACGGCAAACUGCAGCGCGUGCUCGUCCGCGACCAGGCCUUGCCGGACGGCCUAUCGGUUGACUUCGAGCACCAGCGCAUGUUCUGGACGAACAUGGGCCUCUCCGGCAAGGACGACGGCGCCGUCUACUCGGCUAAUCUGGACGGCUCGGAUAUCACGACCGUCGUUCCACCCGGCGCCACCAACACCCCCAAGCAACUGGCCCUCGAGCCCUCCACCCACAAGAUCUACUUCAGCGACCGGGAAGGCCUGCGCGUCUUCCGCUGCAACUACGACGGAAGCGACCUCGAAGUCCUGAUCCAGAGGGGUGAUCACCGGGACUUCGAGCACCAGGAGAACAGCACGAGAUGGUGUGUCGGGAUCGCCGUCGCGCCUAGCCUGGGCAAGUUCUACUGGACGCAGAAGGGCCCGUCCAAGAGCGGCAAGGGCCGCAUCUUCUGCGCGGACAUCAACACCCCUGAGGGAAAGACAGCGACCACGAGAGAAGAUAUUACGUGUGUGCUGGACCGUCUCCCGGAGCCGAUUGAUCUCGAGAUCGACGAGGCAUCGCGCACGCUGUACUGGACGGAUCGGGGAGACAUUCCAUUUGGAAACUCGCUGAACCGGGUGGUGCUGGCUGAAGACGGGGCCGCGGCGGUACGAAAGGGUGCUCUGGGAUAUGAAAUCCUUACCCGCAAGCUGAACGAGGCGAUUGGGUUGAAGCUGGACCUGGAGCGCGGGCAUAUUUACCUGACGGAUCUGCUGGGCAGUGUAUAUCGCACAGAUGCGGAUGGGAAAAACAAGGUGAAGCUGCGUGAGGAUGAGAACCGGUCGUAUACCGGCAUUGCCUUGGUUUAG